AGCACCUGAGGCUUGAAAGACGCGCGAGUCGCUGGGGCGCGCGGCGGAGGGAGGGCCGUUUGCUUUCGAAGCGGCCGUUCAGCGGCACCAGCAAGGCCUCCCCGGAGUCGCUCAAGCCGCGCGCGCUGCAAUAACGAUCCAAUCCUGAGCCGGGAUAAUGGGUGGCGCUUUUGGCGGCCGUUCUCGGCUCAGGAGCGGCCAGGGGCCCCGAGCGCAGCAGCCCGACCCUCUCGCACCUCGCCAGCCGGUUCCUGGGAGCUCGCUCCCCUUUUAGUCCAAGUUAUGGUCGGGAUCUGAAACGAUUACAUGGGGCGCCUCGCUUCUCAGUUUGGUGGUUGUAUGGCACUGGGACUAACUCUUCUAAGUAAUCCCGCCGGAGGCUUAGGAGGGGGGAGAGAAUUGCAAAGGCCUUUCAGAGCCAUUCAGUGCGUUUAAACCAUCGACCGUAAAAAAUGAAAGAAAAAGGGGGUCUGAUUUACAAGUAUCCUUCAGGAUGGGUUUUUCUUUAUUUCGUGUAAGCGAGCGUGAAUAAAGUGCGCGCGUGUCCUUUCCAGCCGCGCGCCGCUUCUUGGGUUUCCCUUCUUCCUCCAGAAGCUUCGCUAUUCUUUCUAGCCAUUAGAGGGCGCUUUCAAUAGUGACCGGAGGAUUCUAGACGACUUCGUCGCCUAGCAACCGUCAUCAUAUCCUAAACAAAACUGACACGCGGCGAGAGAACUCGAGAUCCGCACUGACUGCUUUGGCAGCUGGUUAGCCCUACCGCUGCUAAAGGCUGGAGUAUGUCACCCGCUAGGAACACCUUUCCAUUCCCUCAUUAUGAAAAUGAAAAUACCUACAAUGGCAAGAAUAGGAGUGCCCAGAAAGCCCCCUAUGGCAUGCCCACCCAUCUUUCCCAGCAACAAGACCCCUGGAAUCGGCUACAUGGAACAUCAACUUUGGCAAGCAUCAGAAGAGAAGUCUGGUACUCAGAACCUGAGAUUUCCAAAGACAGUCUGGACUUUAACCUCAGUUCUCUGUACAAUCACCAUGAAGACUUGCUUAAAGACAAAAGUCAGGUAGUCCUCCAUAAAGAGACCAUCUUUGAUGACCAUGGAACACUGAAGGGUUUAGAGCCUGGGAAGGAAUACGCUGUGCCUUCAAUUCAGCAUCCUACUUCCAGGGGCCUUACUGUGAGACACUGGGUUAACCCUGUAAAAGAAUCUAUCCACAGCUUUGAGGGAGCCAUUGAAUCUCCACACACUGCAGCCACAAACAGUGGAUAUUCCCGCAAAGAGAAUGGUGGGAUCUUCUAUCACUAAUGAUUUUUGCAGGGUCUUGUUGCAGUUUUAUUCCUUUCAGCCUGUAAUUGCUGCCCAUAAACUAACUCUUCACUCACUAUGUGCUUAGUUUUCAGAUCAUCCAUUAAACCAGCCAGUGUCACUGAAUUUUAGUAAAAGCUCAGCUGUGCUGUAUUUGAAAAAGCAAGUUGUUCUUUCUAGUGGACCAAGCCCCAAAUGUAUCAGGCCUAGUAAAUUCAGAUAUUUGGUUAGGACUGAAGUAAUAGAAUCCGAAACACUUUGGACUCAGCUCCACAGAAGAUACUAAUUAUACUGAAUCAUAUAUUCAUUUAAACAAUCUUACCUAAAACUAUCUUAGUUAACGAAAGCUGUAGUAAAUUAGUUAAGGAACACAAGCUGCAGUAAAUUUAUCUGCAUAAAUUAAAUAAAAACACACACGUAGCAUAUCUCAAAGCAAAAUAUGGGCACGGACUACAAUCCUCAAAAAACUUUUUAUUUUUCAAACACAAAAUACAGAUAUAAAUUUUGUUCCUAGUGAAAUAUGCUUGUGGAAUACUUCAGAACACAAGUCUCCACAAGAGCAGAGUGAUUCAACUUUCUGAAGAUUAAAACCAUUAUAUCAAGAUCAAAAAGAAUGCCAACGAGGAACAAGGGCUGAAUGCCAAAACACACAAUUCUAUAACCUUUUAAAAAAAGUUCUGCAAGUACAAAAAAUGCCACAGAUCAAGGGACCAAAGAACUUGAUGUCAUUAAUGAACACCAUGGCUGUGUGCAGACAAGUUUGGCAAAAGCAAGCUGUAGCCAAAACUUUGCCAAUGCAAAUGAAUCUCAAUCCAGCCCAGCCAUAUCUACUUCUAAUUGCUCGUUGCUGCUUUAUGGUACAUUAUUGUAUUAACUCAUAUUUCCCCUUAGAGCUUUAAAAUAACUAUCACUUUCCUCAACCUGGUACCUUUGAGAAGAGUUGGAUUAUUAGCUCUGCCAAUUGUGAGAAUUUUGUUCUAAGAAAGAAGUCAGGAGACCCAAGCAAAACAAGUUUCUAUACCUCUCAAGUGAUCCCACUUCCUGUCUACUCUUAGUUUUUGAUCCUCUGUCUUCACAUAUGAAGCCAUACUAAUACUCUCCUAUUCCAGUAUUAUUUCUACUAAUCCAACCUGCAGUAACAUUUCUUCAGACUCUCCUCUGCUGAACUUUUUUUUUUUGCUACUCCAAUCUGCAUUCUUGAUUAAUCUUCUUUUCACUCAUCUUCUUCCAGUUUUAUUACCUUCUGGUUCCUGUGCUGCAAUUUUUCUGUUUUUCUUGAUUUUUUUUGUAGAUCCUAGAUAACCCAGUUUAAGGUUUUAGUUCCAAAUCAACUAUAUUCCUUCUUGUAUAAUACGAAUAUCAAAUCAUGCAAUUUCCUGAAUAAACAUUCUAAGCAUUA